GUUAGUCAAUAUUUUUUUUGAAUUAAAAAUUUGUUAUUGUAUACGCGUAACUUUUUAUUAAGAUAAUAUCAGAAAUUAAUAUUUUUAAGUUAUUUAUAAAUUUUAAAAUAAGAUGAAAAUAACGUAUUUGAUUAUUUUAUUUGGUUUGACUGUAAUAUUGGAUAUAAGUGAUGCAUGCAAAUCGAAUAGCGUUAGUGUGUCUGGUGGAACUGUUGUAAAAACUAUUGGCGGGACUAUUUAUUGUGGAAUGUUGAUUUGCCCUAAAAGUGCAGUUAAUUGCAAAGUUACAUCAAAAAAUGACCCUAAAAAUGCAAAAAUAAUUGAAAUUAAUGAAAUUUGCUCUGAUUUUUAUGGAUCUAUUCUUGAUCAAAACACAUAUAGGCAUGAUAAUCCAUCUGGUAGUCUAGUUGAUUCUGAAACAGGUGUAGGUCCACAAUAUAAUGCUCGUGCACGACAACAAACUGCAAUUAUAAAAGAGAAUAUUAAUAGGAACAUUCAAAAUCUUCCAGUUUUCCUAGGAACUAGACCAAGAAUUCCUACAAUAUAAAAUA